AUGAUAGUGCAGUUGUCCUCUAAUGAAUCAAACGUGCUUUUGGAUGCAAUUGAAAAUGGAUGUCAGACCUUCAUUCUGGCACAGUCGACUGCCAUGGCAUUUUUGGAUCGGUUCCACUACGUCCACGAUCGUGCAACGGUACGAUACUUCCAGAAGCGAAUCAUUUUCAUACAAGAUGAAGCUGCGGCCAUUGGACGUACCUUCUUGGAGCACAGUGCAGUGCGUGACGUGAUGGAUUUGUUGCUGGUACGCCCUCGGCCCGAUCACAACCGUGUGGAUCUGUUGACGAAAGCGUUCGAAACGGACGAUUGGAUGGUUUUGGAUAGCUACAGCACAUCCACACCAGCACCGUUAAGCGCGAAUCUAUUCCCCAACAGGCGCACUGAUCUACGGGGCCGUUACGUACGACUCGCAAUCUUCAACUACGAACCGUACACGCUGUGGAACGCUGUGGAGAAUUCGGAUGAUGCUAACGCAUUCUACCAACACGAUCGCUCACUGGCGAUCGAUGGCACAGAGUCCCGGCUGUUCAUUGAGUUCUGUGCCAAACUGAACUGUAGUCUUGAGAUUUCGCUGGACGAAGCAGGCGAAUGGGGACAGAUCUUUGAUAACAGGACGGGCGAUGGAAUCAUUGGAGCGGUGGUGGAACGACGCGCUGAUAUCGGAGUCGGAGCGCUCUAUUCGUGGUACCACGAGUUUUUGUUUCUUUCACUUUCGAAACCAAUCUCACGCACCGGUGUCACCUGCAUCGUGCCGAAACCAUUGCCGCUGUCCUCUUGGAUGGUUGGUAUACUGCCGUUCUCGACGUAUCUGUGGCUAGCAGUGCUCACAACCAUUCUUGUAUCCACCGUUUUUGAAGUUCUGAUCAGCUUUGUAACGCAAAAGUUUAAAGCCAGUGAGUCGAACCGCGUGGAUGUGUGUGAAUCCAUGAUGGGAGUUAUAUCUAUCUUCAUACUCCAGGCCGUCCUGCUGCGUACCAUCCGAAAUCCUUACAGCUCACAGAUGAUUUUGAUCGGAUCGCUGCUUAUCGUGGGCUUGAUGAUAGGGAACGCGUACAGCGGCGGACUGGCCAGUGUAAUGACGGUGCCACGCUACGAAAAAUCGAUCGACACCGUGCAGGAUCUCGCCGAUCGUAAUCUACGCUGGGGUUCGACACACGACGCCUGGAUCUUCUCCAUUCAACUCGCAACGCAGCCGACGAUUGUGAAGUUGUUGAAUAAUUUCGUCACCAGCCCGAAAGAUGUGUUGCACGAGAAGGCAAAACAUCGGAACCUGGCGUACAGCAUCGAACGGUUACCGUAUGGACACUAUGCCAUUGGCGACUACAUUACGGACGACGUGUCCAACAGCUACGAAAUCAUGCUCGAGGACAUUUACUGGGAGAACUGUGUGGCUAUGGCCACCAAAACCUGGCCACUCAUGAACGAACUCGACGAGCUAACGCUGGUCAUUUUCCAGAGCGGAAUUCAGCGCUACUGGGAGUUGAAGGUGGUGACAAAGUUCGCCGAUAAUAAGGUCCAGCACGCCAUCUCUACCUCGCGUCAUUUCGACAAUCCGGGCCCUAUUCCGCUGCAACCAUCGCACCUGCUCGGAGCGUUCUUUCUACUAGCCAUCGGGCUCGGUUUGGGGUUGGUGUGUUUUCUGCUAGAGCUACUGUGGCACAGAUUAUCUACCACGAAGCGGGCGAUGAACCAGCACGGCGCGGUGGAUCACUGGGUAGGAUGA